AUGCCUGAAAAGAAAAAUGAAAAAAUACAAAUAUCAAAUAAUUUUUGUACAUCAGAUGAUAUUAAAAUAGUAUCAGUGUUGGAGUUAAACAAAGUUAAAAUUGAAGGAUAUAUGAGAAAUAUAAGAAUUGAGAAUUUGAAAUAUUUAAGGAGUGUAGAAACAUUAAAUUUAAAUAACUUUUACUUACUAUAUGUUUACUUAAAAGAUAUUUACUAUAUAUUUUUUCAUUAUAUUAUUCAUUUGAAUAGAGAUGAAAAAAUUUUAGAAGAAAAAGAAAUUAUAAAAAAUUGUUUCUUAUAUAAUACUAAAAUUGAAAAUUUUAAUACAUUUUUAAAAUGUUUAAAAUAUUUUAUUUCAAUCAAAUUAAAUAUUAAUAUUCCUCUAAAUAUAGAUAAAUAUAAAGAAACUUUAUCAAAAUCAAAUGAUAAUAAUUCUAAUGAUAACAUAAAAUCUCAUGUAGAAAAUGAAAAAAAGGAGGAUGAAUUUGAAAAUUAUAAUAUUGAAAGAAUAAAUAAAAAAAAUAAUUCUCCAUAUUUUGACUAUACAAAUGAAUUUCUACGAUUACUAUACACUGAAGAACAAAUAAAAUUUUUUAAUAUUGACAAAUUAAUAAAUGAUAGAAUAAAAAAGGAUAAUUUUUUUGAAGAAAAAAUUAGAGUAAGUAACAAUAUUUCUAUUUAUAAGUUAUCAUAUCUUUAUUUUAAUGAUAAAUUAAAAAGAUUAAGACUUGAUUAUAUUUUUCAUUUAAUAUUGUCAAAAAGUUUUAAAAAUAAUAAUAUUGAAGAAACUAAUCAAAAUGAAAAUACAAGUUUUUUUUACAUUUAUGAACAGUUAUUUUUAUUAUACAUUUCACACUUUAAAUACUAUAUUUUUUCUUUUUUUUUAUAUUCUUUUGUAAAAUAUACAAAAGGUAGUAAUAAUAAAAAUAAUGAUACUAAUCAAUGUGAAUUUUUAUUUAAUUACGAAGAUAAUUUGAAGAAUUUAUCAAGUGUAGUUUCCUAUAUUAUAAACUUUAUAAAUAAUGUUUUAACUCGUUUAGGUGUUAUAUUAAGAAAAGAAGGAACCAAAUAUAAUGAAAAAAUAAAAAGUACUAAAAAUGAAGAAAUAUAUAAUUAUGAAAUAAUUAAUGAUAUUCUAAAAACGAAAUUUUUUUUUAAAUAUGUGAAUUCUCAACACAUUGAUUUUAUUUUGUCUUGUAUUAUUUUAUUAAAUAUAUGCAAUCAAAAUUAUAUGCAAUCUUAUUUUUACUUUAAUAACAUUUAUAAUGAUUUUUUUUAUGUUUUUAAAAAGUAUAACACUUCUAUUAAUAUAUGGAAAGAGCUUAAAAGUAAAAAUUACUUUAGAUUUUUUGAAGAUAUGAAGAAGUUAUCUAUUAUUGAAAGAUUUGCACUUUUUUUUAAUAUAAAAAAUAUAAGAGUUGACUAUAUAUAUAGUAUAUUAUAUUCAGCAAAUAAUAGAAAUAAGUUUUCUUUAAAUAUAAAAUAUUUAGAUGAAUGUUUAAAUUUUUAUAAUUUAAAAAGGACAACAUACCUAUUAAAAUGCUUAGGAAUAAAAAUAGAAAAUGAAAGAAUUUUUUUCAAUAUGUCAAAUAAAGUAAGUGAAGAAAAUAAUAAAUCAAGAUGUUUUCUUUUAGAUAAUAAAAGUGAAUGUUUGAAAUCUUUCUUUAAAAUUUAUGAAGAAUCCAUUGAGGAUUAUACUUAUAUUAUUUAUCAAGAAAAAAAAUUUAAUCAAAACAUAUGUUUUACUAAAUUUGAUAUACCAAAAUUAAUUUGCUUUUACGAAUAA